AGAGCUGUCCUGAUGUAUAUAUGCAAGUAGGGAGAAGUGAAUCAGCCCUUUGAUACAGUAAUAUAAUAAAAGUGAACUGGCAAGCAGCGGGUCUUAGUUUUCUACUUUCUUGUGGGAAUGAGUUGCCAAUCUUUCACCUCGGCUGAUACCUUUAUACCUCUGAAUUCUGACGCUUCUGCUGCCCUGCCUCUGAGAAUGCACCACAGUGCCGCUGAGUGUCUCCCAGCCUCCAACCACGCCACCAACGUGAUGUCCACAGUCCCGUCUAUUUUGUCUUUGAUCCAAACUCCUAAAUGUUUGCACACGUAUUUCCCGAUGACAACGAUGGGAAAUACAGCGACAGGACUUCAUUACUCUGUGCCUUCCUGCCAUUACGGAAACCAGCCAUCCACCUAUGGAGUGAUGGCAGGCAGUUUAACCCCUUGUCUUUACAAGUUUCCAGACCACACCCUGAGUCAUGGGUUUCCUCCCCUGCACCAACCUCUGCUGGCAGAGGACCCCACGGCCUCUGAGUUUAAGCAGGAACUCAGGCGGAAAAGCAAAUUGGUGGAAGAGCCAAUAGACAUGGACGCCCCAGAAAUCCGAGAACUGGAGCAGUUUGCCAACGAGUUUAAAGUGAGAAGAAUUAAGUUAGGAUACACCCAGACAAACGUGGGUGAAGCGCUGGCUGCUGUCCAUGGCUCAGAAUUCAGUCAAACAACCAUCUGUCGAUUUGAAAACUUGCAGCUCAGUUUCAAAAAUGCUUGUAAACUCAAAGCAAUUUUGUCCAAGUGGCUGGAGGAAGCUGAGCAGGUGGGAGCUUUGUACAAUGAAAAGGUGGGAGCAAAUGAAAGGAAGAGGAAACGGAGGACAACCAUCAGUGUAGCUGCUAAGGAUGCUCUGGAGAGACACUUCGGGGAGCACAGCAAGCCUUCGUCGCAGGAGAUCAUGAGGAUGGCCGAAGAGCUGAAUCUCGAGAAAGAAGUAGUACGAGUGUGGUUCUGCAACCGAAGGCAGAGAGAAAAACGAGUGAAAACAAGUCUCAGUCAGAGCCUGUUCUCUAUUUCCAAGGAGCAUCUAGAGUGCCGAUAAG